CUCAUAUUUCUAGUGAAAUACAUAAACGCAGCUAAAACGUAACUAACUCGUUUGUUUAUACAAGCAUCGAUGGAGGUGUCCAGCUGGAGCACAGGGGUAUUUUAUCGGAUAUGAUGGAAAUGCAGGGAUGUGGUACAAAGGUGAUUGGGGUAUAGGUAUGUUUUGUGGGGGCGAUGAAGGGGUAUUUUGGGAUAAAGAUAGGAAGUAUAUUGUCUGAUCCACACUCCGGUGCAGAAGGUGGCGGUAAUGCACCAAUAAGAUGGGACGCCAACUGCCAGUAAACUUUUAAAAAAAGAGAAGAAGAAGGUGUGUAGCUGAUGACGUCGACCAAUAGAAGCAAAGCGGGGGAAAUUUAAACAGCAAAGAGGAAAAUAAUAUUCCAAGUACGGUCCCGCAGUUUGUUUUUGUAUUACUUUAGUUGUUCCGGAGGAUUUUAUGUCUGGUGGUUGACUAAAAAUGGAAGAGUCGGCGGUUAAAGUAUGUGUCCGAGUCCGUCCGCUUAUUGCGAGGGAAGAAAGCGCGGCGGCGGAAAGCCUCGCUCUAGGGAGCCCGAAGCCCGUCCCGCUGUUUUGGAAGGCAGACAAGAAAUCAAUUCAUCAGAUCGAUGACGGGAACUCCACUAAGAGCUUUGUUUUCGACCGAGUCUUCACUGCAGAUGAAACAACCAAUCAGCUGUACCAGGAGAUCGCAAAGCCUCUGGUCGUGUCCACUGUCAAGGGAUACAAUGGAACGAUAUUCGCUUACGGACAGACUUCUUCGGGAAAGACCUUCACCAUGAUGGGGGGUGACCGUAUUCAUGGGGUCAUCCCUCUGGCUGUCGACGAAGUCUUCCAAACAAUUAGAAAUUGUUCAAAGAAGGAGUUCCUUCUGAGGGUUUCCUACAUGGAAAUCUACAACGAAACGGUCAGUGAUCUACUCGUUGACAGCAGGAAGCGGAAACCUCUGGAAGUACGAGAGACCAUCAAUAAAAACAUCUACGUGGCGGACCUGACGGAGGAGCUGGUCACGUCUACUUCCCAAGUUCUGGCCUGGAUUCGGAAAGGAGAAGAAAACCGGCACUACGCAAAGACCAAGAUGAACGACCGCAGCAGCCGCUCUCACACCAUUUUCCGAAUGAUCCUGGAAAGCAGGGAAGUUAGCGAGCCGGCUUCAGGGGAGAUUGCGGACGGCGCCGUUAUUGUGUCUCAUUUGAAUUUAGUUGAUCUGGCCGGUUCUGAGAGAGCAAGUCAAACGGGAGCUGAAGGCACACAUUUUAAGGAAGGUUGCAAUAUCAAUCGGAGUCUGUUUACACUCGGCCAAGUGAUUAAGAAACUGACCGAUGAAAGCCAGAAGAGUUUCACAAACUACAGAGACAGUAAGCUGACCCGCAUCCUGCAGAACUCCCUGGGGGGCAACGCUAAAACAGUCAUUAUCUGCACCAUCACUCCUGCCGCUCUGGACGAGACGCUCAGCACUCUGCAGUUUGCCAGCACGGCCAAAAAAAUGAAGAACGACCCCCACGUGACGGAGGUGUCUGACGACGGGGCUCUGCUCAAAAGGUACCGCAACGAAAUCGUCGACCUAAAGCGCCGACUUCACGAGGUUUCCUCACACACGCACACCUCGGCGACGGAGAAGGAGGUUCUCUCCCAGCUUCUCCAGGAAAAAGAUCAGCUCCAGCGGGAACAAGAGGACCGGAUCAAAAACCUCACCACGCUUCUGGUCUCCAGCUCCAACCUGGUUCCGGUUCGGAAGAGGCCGAAGCGCAGGGUGACGUGGGGGGGGAAGAUGGCCCAUCUGUCCACGCGCGACGACGGCCCGUCUGACCUCAGCUCCGGAGAGCCCUUCGCUCGGAGGAGGAGAGCGGAUCGCUCGUGUAUGUCAGAUCUGUGUGAAGGUAGGCAGGAGCGCAGGGAAUGCACCCAUGUGACCGCUUGCUUAAUGGUGGACUGCGCGCUGACCGUUAAAUGCCUUUCAACAGAAGAGGAGGACUUUGACGGUCACUGGGAGAUUGCUGACGAGCCUUCGUACGAAAUGUACAUGAGCCAGAGCUCUGUGACAGUUCGGAGCUUCGGAGACAGCCCCAAAGACUCUAUGUCCCCUGAAGGUACCUACAACCUUUCAGGGAAAGUGUCCAACUUGGAGAGGCAGCUGGAGAUGGAGACUAAACACAAGGAGGAAGCCAUGACAAAAGUAGAGGCUUUAGAUGGCGUUGUGGCGGAGCUCCAGCUGCAGCUGCAGACAGAGUCUCUGCAGAAGCAGGAGGCCCUGGAGAAGAUGCAGAUGGCAGAACAGAGGGCAGGCGAGGCCGAGCUCCAGCUGCAGCUGCAGACAGAGUCUCUGCCGAAGCAGGAGGCCCUGGAGAAGAUGCAGAUGGCAGAACAGAGGGCAGGCGAGGCCGAGCUCCAGCUGCAGCUGCAGACAGAGUCUCUGCAGAAGCAGGAGGCCCUGGAGAAGAUGCAGAUGGCAGAACAGAGGGCAGGCGAGGCCGAGCUGCAGCUGCAGCUCCAGACUGAGUCUCUGCAGAAGCAGGAGGCCCUGGAGAAGAUGCAGACGGGAGAACCGAGGGCGGGAGAGGUCGAGCUGCAGACAGAGGCCCAGCUGGAGGCCAAUGAAAAGGUGGAGAUGCUGAACCUGAGAGUGGCAGACCUGGAGAAACAGCUGGAAGAACAGAGCCACACUUGGAGUGACACUGAUGAACAGAUGAAAAAAGAGUUUUCAGAGACCAUCCAGCUGUGCGAGACUCUGGCUAAAGAAAAGGACGAGGUGACUGCUGAGCGGCACUAUCUGAAGGAGGAGCUUGGGAUGUUCAUGGAGGAGAUCAAGCGCCUGGAAGAAGAGAAAGCCACUCUGUCAAAGGAGCUAGAGGAGAAGAGGGAGUUGGCAGAGUUCAAUUCUCUGGAGGAGGAGUUCAGGAAAGAGCACCAGAACGAGCUGCAAAAUGAAGUCUCUAAACUGAAGAGCGACCUCGAGUCCUCUGAACUCCAACGCCUUGAGCUUCAGAACAAUCUCGAAACCAUGUCCAAAGAGCUGCAGAAUAAAAGCGAGUUUGCAGAGGAACUUCAGAGUCUAAGCGGGAAGGACCUGGUGAAGGAGGUGGUGGCGCUCCGUCGCUCUCUGGACGAUGCCGAGGGGCUCAGCAGAGACACAAAGAAGGAAUGGGCCCACCUGCGCAGUAAGAACAUCGCUGUGGAGGAGAUGAAUGUGAAUCUGAACGCCGGCUACGAGAAGAUGGACGCGGAGGUGGUCCGCCUGCGCUCUCAGCUGGAGGCGGAGAAGUCUCGCUACAGAGCGAUGCAGAGCGACCUCCAAAAGGAGCUCAACGUGGCGUUCGACGAGAACACCAAGCUCACCGCUCUGCUCGACGGGAACGUCCCCAAAAACCUGAUAGACGGCUUGGAGCUGGAGAAGACGGCGGCCCGGCUGAGCACAGAGCUGGCCUCGUCUCAGGAGGCAGAAGGGUCCCUCAGAGCCCAGCUGGAGGAGCUCGCCCCGCUCCAGGCGCUUCCCGAUCAGGUGGCGGAUUUGACAAAGCAGCUGAAUGAGCUGUCCCAGGAGCUCCAGCGUGUGCAGGCUGAGAAGGACGCUCUCCUGUCCGAGCAGAGCAGCUCUGCAGAGGAGGCGGAGAAGCUGCUCUCCUCCAUCACGUCCCUCACAGCUGAGAGAGACCAGCUCAUCAGGGACCUGCAGGAACACGUGGAGGAGGCUGCACAGACGCAACUUCUUCUACAAUCUCUUCAAGGCGAGCUCCAAGAGCAGACCCAGCAGAACUCCAAUAUGGUGGAGCUCGCUAAGCAGAAGCAGGUGGAAUCGGAUCAACAUAUGCAGAGUCUGUCAGAGGAGGCGGAGAAGCUGCUCACCUCCAUCACAUCCCUCACAGCUGAGAGAGACCAGCUCAUCAGGGACCUUCAGGAACACGUGGAGGAGGCUGCACAGACGCAACUUCUUCUGCAAUCUCUUCAAGGCGAGCUCCAAGAGCAGACCCAACAGAACUCCAAUAUGGUGGAGCUCGCUAAGCAGAAGCAGGUGGAAUCGGAUCAACAUAUGCAGAGUCUGUCAGAGGAGCUCCAGCGUGUGCAGGCUGAGAAGGACGCUCUCCUGUCCGAGCAGAGCAGCUCUGCAGAGGAGGCGGAGAAGCUUCUCUCCUCCAUCACGUCCCUCACAGCUGAGAGGGACCAGCUGCGCACGGACCUGCAGGAAAACGUGGAGAUGAUGAUUGAGAAUCAGGAGGAGCUGAGGACGGCCCUGGAGAAGAAUCGUAAGCAGAAGGAGCAAAUCAAGCUGCUGGAGGCAGCGCAGACCUCCGAACAGGAAGCUGCAGAGAUGGAGGAGAUGCAGGUCCAGAGGAAGGAACUCCCUGCCUUGCCUGAACAGAAGAACCAGAUGGAAGGUGAUCUGCAGAGUGCUCCGGAGAUGACUGAAGCUUCUCAAAGUCUUCUACAAUCGCUGCAAGAGAAAACUCAGGAGCUGAUGCAAAAGAACAUGGAACUGGAGACACUCCAAGAGAGGAAAGCUCAGCUAGAGCAACAGGUCGCGCAGACAGAGUCUCUUCUUUCAUCUCUUCAAGAGGAGCUCCGAGAGCGGAGGGAAUCUGGCUUGGAUCGACAGAGCCUCGCCGAGCAGCUUGAGAGCGUGCGAGCGGAGCGAGACGCUCUGUCGCUGAAGAUGAGCUCCUGUCCCACCCCCACGGAGGAGAGCGGUCAGCUGCUGCGCAGGGUGGCGUCUCUCGCCGAGGAGAGGGAUCAGCUGCUGGAGACCCUGCAGGCGGUCAGGGAGGAGAAGCAGCAGCUCAGGGCGGAGCUGGAGGACAGGAUGGAGACGGUGCAGUGUGACUUGCAGCUCGGCGCCGAGCCUCAGUCUCUGAAGGAGGAGCAGGACCUGUGCUCCGCUCUGCAGAUCCAACAGCUGGAGGAGCAUCUGGAGAAAAAGGAGGAGGAGCUGAGCCAGUUUAAGUCUGACCUUCAAGGCAAUGUGGAGCUGACGAGGACCCUGUCUGAGAAGCUGCAGCUGGUGGAGGCAGAGAGGGACGCUCUGAUCUCCGUGAAGGACUCCAUCCUUCAGACCUCCACAGAGGAGACGGAGGGGCUGCUGUGUCGAGUGACGUCGCUCAGCGAGGAACGAGAUCAGCUGCUGGAGACUCUGGAGGGAGUGAGGAGGGAGGAGAAGCAGCUGGAGGUCAAGAUGGAGACCAUGCAGACUGAGACGAGGACUCUGUCUGAGAAGCUGCAGCUGGUGGAGGCAGAGAGGGACGCUCUGAUCUCCACGAAGGACUCCAUCCUUCAGACCUCCACAGAGGAGACGGAGGGGCUGCUGUGUCGAGUGACGUCGCUCAGCGAGGAACGAGAUCAGCUGCUGGAGACUCUGGAGGGAGUGAGGAGGGAGGAGAAGCAGCUCAGAGCACAGCUGGAGGACAAGAUGGAGAACAUGCAGAUGGAGACGAGGACUCUGUCUGAGAAGCUGCAGCUGGUGGAGGCAGAGAGGGACGCUCUGAUCUCCACGAAGGACUCCAUCCUUCAGACCUCCACAGAGGAGACGGAGGGGCUGCUGUGUCGAGUGACGUCGCUCAGCGAGGAACGAGAUCAGCUGCUGGAGACUCUGGAGGGAGUGAGGAGGGAGGAGAAGCAGCUCAGAGCACAGCUGGAGGACAAGAUGGAGAACAUGCAGAUGGAGAUCACACAGCUGGAGACGUCUCUGCAGGUUGUGACGGAGCAGAAGGGCGAGCUGGAAGCAGAACUACAGCGCAGCGAGGCGGUGGCUUCCAGCACACAGGAACUGGUGAAGUCCCUCCAAGAGGAGCUUGGUGCACAGAACCAGAGAAACUCUGAUCUGGACCAACUGUGUCAGGAGAAGGAACGUUCUCUGGAUCAACAAACGAGGACUCUGUCUGAGAAGCUGCAGCUGGUGGAGGCAGAGAGGGACGCUCUGAUCUCCGUGAAGGACUCCAUCCUUCAGACCUCCACAGAGGAGACGGAGGGGCUGCUGUGUCGAGUGACGUCGCUCAGCGAGGAACGAGAUCAGCUGCUGGAGACUCUGGAGGGAGUGAGGAGGGAGGAGAAGCAGCUGGAGGACAAGAUGGAGACCAUGCAGAUGGAGACGAGGACUCUGUCUGAGAAGCUGCAGCUGGUGGAGGCAGAGAGGGACGCUCUGAUCUCCACGAAGGACUCCAUCCUUCAGACCUCCACAGAGGAGACGGAGGGGCUGCUGUGUCGAGUGACGUCGCUCAGCGAGGAACGAGAUCAGCUGCUGGAGACUCUGGAGGGAGUGAGGAGGGAGGAGAAGCAGCUCAGAGCACAGCUGGAGGACAAGAUGGAGACGAUGCUCAGUGACGCCAACUCCACCAUCUCUGGCCUCCGAGAGCAGUUGGCCGCUUUGGAACAGCACGCCGGUGGAGGCGAGGCGGCGGAGGCGGCGGCGCUGAGAGACUCUCGCGCUCAGCUCCAGGAGUCCUUCGGCAGGCUGCAGAGGUUCGUAGACGUCUUCCCAAAGUACGACCCCUGCGCCCAGGACCGGCAGCAGCAGAGCGGCCGCCCCGAUCCCAGCAUGGACGCCUACAGCGCCGUGCUGCGGGAGAUGGGUCAGACGCUGGGUGACAUCAAGGAGCAGCUGCUGGUGCGAGCGCAGGGCUACCGGAGUCUGAUGGAGUACCUGGUGGAGACCGAUAUGGCCGUGUUUGAGGAGCGGCGUCUGCAGGACUCGCUGCUGCAGCGGGUGGGGGCGCCGCGCCACUCGGCCAGAGAGGAGGACGUUGGCGCGCUGCUGGAGAAGAGGCAGCUCUACCUGCAGAAAACGUCCCGCGUCCUGAGGGGGCUGCAGGCCAACAGGGACUCGUACUGCAGCGAGCUGUCGGAGGAGCUCGCCGUCAGGGAGCGCUUCAAGGAGCAGGUGAAGGCCCUCGACGCCAUCCAGCCGUUCAGCUCGGCCAAGCUGAACGGCCUCCUGAGCGGCGAGGUGGAGCACAGGUCGGCGAUGGCUCAGAGGCGGAAGAUGACCCUGCAGGGCAUCACGGAGGAGCACAGCGGCCUGAGCGGGGAGCUGAAGCGGCUGCAGGCUCAGGCCGACUCUCGGCUCAGCGACGAGAAGAGGAAGACCGCCGCGCUGCUGCAGGCGCUGGAGGGAGCUCCUUCCCAGGCGGAGCCCGGCCUGCUGAAGGCGAACCAGCAGCUCGCGCUUCAGCUCCGUCAGGCUGAAGAGGAAGUCACGGCUCUGCGCGCGCAAAUCAAGCAGCUGGAGGAGGCGCAGCUCAAAGCCAGCAGCAGAGUGUCCAACCACAAGCAGGCCACGCAGCUGCUGCAGACGGAGCUGCAGGACAGCCGCGCCCAGGUGGAGGAGAAGGACGGCACCAUCCGGGCCCUCAAGGCCAAGCUGCGUCACUCCGAGGAAAACGCGUCACCCAGCGCUGUCGAGUUGGAGAAACUCCGGGCGAAACUCUUUAAAAUGGAGGUGGAGCUGAGUUCGGCCUCGGAUGAACACAAACGGGAGAUGCAGACGAUGAGCACCGUGCUGAAGGAGAAGGAAGAGUCCGUGAGGAAGCUGAAGGAGACGCUGAGGAAAUCACAGCAGCAAGGAGAGGACUCGCUCCUGCAGGGGGAGGAGCUUCACGCCAGACUGAUAAACCCCAGAGGUCUGGUGGUCCAGACCAGCAUUGCGCUGGAGAAGACCAAACUGGAGGAGGAAGUCAAACAGCUUCGACUCAAAAUAACAGAGCUGGAGAGCCUGGUGUCCAGCCAUCAGGAAGAGAUCGGCAAGUGGAAGGGAAGAGCCAUCAAGCUGAAGGCGAUGAGCAAGGUGGAGGGGGACAAGCCCUCCAACCCCACCAAGAGGGGCCUCUCCGUCUCCUCGGACACCUCCGACUUCCUCGGCUCACCCAAGAAGGUCCUGGUUACUCCCAGGAACGUCCUGGACUCCCCCCGGAAGGUCCCGGUUAAUCCCAGGAACGUCCUGGACUCCCCCCGGAAGGCCCUGGACUCCCCCAAGAGGGCCCUGGACUCCCCCCGUAAGGCCCCGCACUCCCCUGCGACCUCGUUUCUUGACUAUUCCAAGAGCAGUUUCUUCAACGGGGGAGGCGGCUCGGAGCUGUUAUCCAGAACCUGCCCAAAGCAGUUCUUUGAUAACUCCAGCCUUGGAACAAAUCCAGGUGUUUUCGAUGCUCCUGAUAGACCAGGCGCAGAGAAGGAUGCGGCUGCAGGUGCAGACAGGAAGGAGGACUGGUGGCCUCAGUCUCCGAAGCAAGAAGAAAUGUGUAAAACGCAGUAGAAUGUUUGUCUAUUUUUUUGUGUGUUUUUAUAUUUUUACGCUUGAUAUUUGAAUAAAAAGUCCUAAAGAAAUUAGCUUUGUCUCAGCGAUAGAUUUAGUAUGUUCCGUUACAGGACGAAACAACCAUGACGUGCUUCUGCAAUCACAUUUAGCAGGAUCUUUUUACCCACAAUCCUCCGCAGUGUGGCACAAAGCAGGGUCCCACCUGAAUGUGUUUAAGGCCCGAACGUCUCCCCAAAGGCCUUGAACCCUGAACCCUCAGGGACCUUCUGACGUCACCUGGGACUCUGAGGGCUGACCGAACUUCACCAUGAAGCCACUGAUCUACAAAUACUUUAAAUAUAUAAACAUUACUGUUUUAUUCCUGUCUGAAAGAUUCUUUCCUGUGUUUUUUAAUUACUGUUCUUUGUCAAAUGAAAAUAAAUAAAGUGAAACCUUUGCUGUGCAUGCAAAUGUAUUGAAGAAUUGAAUUUGCAUGAAAGCU